AUGGAGAAGCCCAAGGCACUGUUGCUGGGGAAGCUUGACCACGCCUACGAAGCAUGGGAUGCGGUUUCCAACAUUGCCGAUCUGACAUCUUCGCAAGCUAAAAACCGAGCCGAAUUUCUUGAAGAGUUGAGGAGCGGCAGGCACGAUGGUGUUGUGGCCAUCUGUGAUCGGGCACCCACGAGCAUGGCGCAAACAGGCAAAUGGGACCGAGAAUUACUCGAUGCCCUGCCUCAAAGCGUCAAGUACAUAGCCCACAUGGGCGCUGGCUAUGACAGCCUCGAUAUUCCGGCCUGCACUGCGCGUGGGAUCUUCGUGUCGAAUUGCCCCAAGGUAGUCGACGAAGCAACAGCCGACUGCGCCAUGUUUCUGAUCCUGGCCACCCUCCGGGGUUUCAAUAAUGGUAUCAUGGCCAUUCGACAAGGGACUUGGCUAGGCGCUGUUCCACCUCCACCGCUGGGACACGAUCCGCAGUCAAAGGUCUUGGGUAUUUUGGGCCUGGGCGGGAUCGGUUUGAAUUUGAAGAAGAAGGCUGAGGUGUUUGGCAUGAAGGUGAUUUAUCACAACCGAAACAAGCUGAGUGACGAUCAGGCCGAAGGUGCUGAAUAUGUGGGAUUUGACCAUCUACUCGCAAAGAGUGAUGUGCUGAGCUUGAACCUUCCUCUGAACCCGAGCACUCGCAACAUCAUCUCCACCAGAGAGUUUGCAAAGAUGAAGAAAGGCAUCAUCAUCGUUAAUACCGCCAGGGGAGGAGUCAUGGACGAAGACGCGCUCGUUGACGCGUUGAACUCUGGACAAGUUCGUUCUGUCGGUCUCGAUGUUUACCAGCAGGAACCGAAAAUUCACCCUGGUUUGGUCUCGAACCCUCAUGUUUGUCUGCUCCCUCAUAUGGGCACAUCAACGGUUGAGACCAAGACGAAGAUGGAAGAGUGGACGAUAGCUAAUGUUCGAUCGGCGCUGGAGACCGGUAGAUUGAAGAGCACAGUGCCCGAGCAAGUGCAUUUACUGGCGACGCUUUAG